CCCCCACGGGGCGGUCAUGGGGUGGGGACUGCGCAGCCGCUGGAGGGAGGGACAAGUCGCCCCCACUAACUGUAUCCUAGCGUCACAGCAGCGCCGGAAGGAGGCGAAGAAGAACUGCGUUUCAGUUGCAGGGAAGGGAUCAUCCCCGGGGCAGCGGCGUCUGGCGGCCUGGAAGACCAGGCGGGGGUGCUCUGCAGUGAGGUGCCCGGCCACGCGCCCUCCUCAAAAAUGUCAAAGGUUUGUGCCAUUUUUGGAGGAUCUCGGGGAAUUGGACAGGCUGUUGCACAACUUCUAGCACAGAGAGGAUAUUGCCUCGCCAUUAUUGCAAGAAAUCUGGAAAUAGCUCAAACCACUGCAAAUAGUUUGGGAGCAGGUCAUCUAGCAUUUAGCUGUGAUGUUUCCAAAGAAGAAGACAUCCAAACUACUUUUAGAGAAAUGGAGGAGAGUUUGGGUCAUGUAAACUACCUGGUUAAUGCUGCAGGUAUCAACAGAGAUGGCUUACUAUUGCGAACUAAGGCUGAUGAUAUGAUAUCCCAGCUUCACACCAAUCUUGUGGGAACAAUGUUGACAUGCAAAGCUGCUGUAAAGAGUAUGAUUCAACAGCAGGGUGGUGCUAUCGUUAAUGUAGGAAGUAUUGUUGGACUGAAGGGCAAUUCUGGUCAGAGUGUAUAUAGUGCCAGCAAGGCAGGAUUAGUUGGAUUUUCACGCUCUCUUGCUAAAGAAGUAGCAAGAAAGAACAUUCGGGUCAACAUGGUUGCUCCAGGCUUCAUUCAUACAGAGAUGACAGCACAUCUGAAAGAAGAUCAGUUGAAAAAAACUAUUCCUCUUGGACGAUUUGGCAAGCCUCAAGAAGUUGCCAAAGCUGUGCUCUUUCUUCUGGAGUCUCCUUAUGUAACAGGCCAUGUUCUAGUUGUAGAUGGAGGCAGUCUUCAGCUUCACAUUUAUCAUCAUACAGUCUUGAUUUUACUAAGUACUGUCUCAAGGUCAUCGGAGCUGUACAAAUAACAUUCACCUCCAAGCCAUGUUUCUUAAGAAUCCUUUGUGCCUCCCAGAAAAUCUGAGGGUGUGGCACACCUAAAACCCGGCAUUCCAGUCGCACAGGAUACCCCUCAGCUACUCCAGUAUUCUGAAGCUUCUCUACAAAUACAGGUGGCUUGUGUGCUUCUUUUGCUAUUGCAAAAAGAGAAACAAGUAGUGGUUUUCCCCCCACAGUAAUGAAGAUUUCAUAUUUAUUUCAUGUUGCACCUGAGCAACAGGAGCAUGUGACAUAUGAUGGCAAUAGAAAGUUAAUGUCCCCUCCACUUGCUGCUUUUCCAAGGUGCUGUUCCAGGCGGAGGCCCAAUGCCAUCCUCUGCCUGGAACAGCACCUUUGUAUCGUCUUGUCUUUGUACUUCAGAAGACAAUACAAAGCACCACCCAGGCAAAGUUAAACACAAUCCAGUCUCAUUGGUUUCACUAGGAGAGCUGGCCAGGUUCUUAUCUCUCUCCUUUACCCCUGAAAACCAGGGACUCAAGUAAUUCCUUGACUUACAUACUGUAAUUUUCUCUUCACAUGCUAAGAGGCCUUUUAAAUGUGUAGCUCCCACACAUCUGGGGUACCAUUUCAAUUAGUACCUGCUGUCACCUUGAAUACAGUAUUUACAGAAAAAUGACAACAUACUCAAUCACAUGGGCCAAUGCCAAUAUCAUGGGUCUCCCUCAUGGAAAUUCCAUUGCAUCUCUGUCCCUCCCUACUGGGUGGAUCACUUAAAUGCUACUCUACUGAUGUAUCUCCCAUGCAGACAGAGUAAUGUUUAAAGGUCCUCGUAGUCAAACCCUGUCCUUCAGUUGUUGCGCUGAGCAAACUCAUCGCUACAAUUUUAACGACUGUGAAUUGAAUUCAGAUGACCAAUUCACCACAUUUGGAAUACGCAAUAAUAGGGAGGGGCCAUAGUUCAGUGAUGCAGCACAGCCUGGCAUGGAGAAGGUCUCCAAUUCUUGACAUCCUCCAUGAAAAGAAUCCCAGGAGAGCUGAAUCUCACCCUGGAGAGCUGAUUGCAGUCAGAGUAAACAACACUGGGCUAAAUGGAUCAAUGAUAUAAGGCAGCUCCAUAUAUUAUCCUGUUCAAGAACGUCCUAUAUGCAUUUUAAUACUUGGGGUGGGGGGUGGAGAUAGGUGCAGAGGUGGUUUACUCACGCACAGUCCUUUCUUCCAAAUUAUACAAAAGAUACAUGUAUAAUUACACAUGUGAGCAUUUUUCUCACAAGACACCUCAGUUUGGUCUUAUUUGAGAGCUGGUUUCCCAGGCUCUGGUAUGAAGGCACAUCAGACAGAAGCGUUGCUGAAGUUAAGCAGGUCUAGGUCUGACCAGUGCCUGCAUGCAUGACCACGAGGGAGCAGCAAAAGUGCUGCCUUGAGUUCUAGCAUGGAAGGAAAGUAGGAUACAAAUUAAAUAACUAAACAAAAGAUAUUAUUAGAAAAAGGUGAUGUCUGCUGGAGGUCCUUGUGUAAAAAACCAGCUCAGUCAUUAAUUCCCUUGGUAUACUUGGGCAAGUCACCAUCUGAACAAGAACAUACAAAACUGCGUUAUACAGAGUCAGAUCAUUGGUCCAUCAGGCUUAGUACUGUCCUCUCUGAUGGGCAGUAUCUCUCUUGGGGUACAGGCAGGGUUCUCCCUCAGCCCUACCUGGAAAUGUCAGGGACUGAACCUGGCAACCUCUGCAUACAAAGCUCUACCACUGAGUAGUGAACUCCCUACCUUUUAGAUCAGUGAUCUUAAAGGAGCACUUAAGUCUCCCAUAAUAUGGGAUUAUUAAUAUAAAAGUACUAAAAUAAAUUAUAUGACAUUAAGGUACUAAAAUAUUUUAUACAAAGUAUAUUGAGCACUUAUAAAAAGCACCAUAUACAUUCUAAUUAUGAUUGUAUUUUUCCUGAAUACUAUGAGCAAGUUAGUAUUCACAAAGAAUUAAAACAAAAAAGUAGUACUGAUUAUUCCCAAACCCUAAAAACCUGAUUGGGAAAAGGAAUAAUUAGGCAGCAUCCAAAUGAGUUAGUCAUGACUAAGCACCACUGAACUCAAUGAGACAAGCUAGUCAUGACUAACUUAAGUCCCAUUAAUUUCAAUUGGGACUUAUUCAUGACCAACUCUGGAUGCUGCCCAUUGUCAAGGAGUCAUGUUGCCUUCAAAAAGAGCAAUGCGGCCCCAUCUUACAAUCCUCAGGUAGCACAGCAUCCUCAGAAUAAAUGACUCAUUUUUGUAUAGCAAUGUAGGAGUUCUCCAUGGCAAGGUUACCUGCAACAAUCAGUUCCAGGCUGAAUGUGUUUUGACCAGCUCGAUUGGUGGCAACACACGUGUAGAUGCCAGCAUCCCUUGCUGUGACAGGCUCUAUGAUUAGGGAGUGUACACCAUUUUCUCGUACCAGCAUUUUGUGGGAGCUAUCAGAACGUAUUAAUCUUCCAUUGAGUUGCCAGCUGAUAUCUGGAGUUGGUAAGCCACUGACCUUAAACAACAGAACACAAGGGAUUUCAGUGAGAUGAGAGCAUAGAAGAGACUACAGAAAAUAUAUUGGCAUUUGUCUCAGCACAUUGGAUUCUGGUGCAUCAAAAGAUCAUAAAUGGACCAAGGUUCAUCAUCACCCUUUCAGUUAUAGAUUUUGCAGCACUACUAGAAUUGGAUGAUGAGGCACAGUUCUAGUUAAAAAUUCCAUAAUAGCAUUUAUAUAUUGCAACACACAAUGUGGAAAGAUGUUAUGUGCCAUCCAUCAUCAUCUUAGUGUUCUGCGAUCCAUUAAUAACAAGAUGAAUUCUUUUCUCUAUGACAACGGAAUGGAGCCAAGUACUAUAAUUUUUCCUUUUAAAGACUUAUGUUGUUGAAUCCCAAAUUUCCUUCCAGCUAUGUACUACUCAUCAUUUACUAAUCUGCAUUUUCAAAAUGCUUUCAACCAACUGCAGCUUGUUGAAAGGUGUGUCUCAUCAAAGCAGUUAAUGUUUAGAAAAGCUGCCAUGAAGAGCCCAGGAGAGUUUCAGAAGCAGACAUGUAGAAUUCGGAGUUACUUAAUUCUGUUACUUGAACUCCCUUCAAUGGGAUAGUGUUUUUUUUCCAACCUUUGUAACAUUUAAAAAAGACUGAAUGAGUUAAAGGGAAUGGAGAUUAAAUCUUGCUAUAAAUUUA